AUGCCUCGCCCCAGCGAGGAGCUGCCCUCUCAUGCCUCUCCUCUGAUUUCUCCGCUUCCACGAUCUUCGGCGCCGUAUCUGGGCAAUUGGUCGGAUCUCAAUGACGAGUCCCCUGCCACGCCCGGCGUACCGAGCAACCUGAUAUCGCCUGCCUUUACUCCUCCAGCAACUCCAGGAGCGGCCACUCCUUCGCGGCAUCUCAAUGCCGAACCAAAAUCCAUUCCGGUCGACACCUCUCUCGAUGACCCCGCCACCAAACAACCUCACCUCCUCGAGCAGCUACCGAAUGUCGAAUGCGUAGUACGUGCACGGAUACCAACCACAUCUGGGGCAGAGAUGUUUCUCCAUUUAUACCAAAAUAACUCCGACAACAAGGAACAUCUGGCCAUCGUCUUCGGCAACAGUAUUCGCAGUCGAAGCCUCGACGCUGAGCGGCCGGGAGAAACCGAGAUGGAUCGCAUGAUUCGAGGCGCAUAUAUUGGCAGACUACGGCCGGGUCGUAGGAGUUCGAGAUUCGAUCCGGAUCAGAACAAGCGGCCGGGGAGCCGACGGGCCAGAAGCGGUUCCGCCUUGAAAAAUGUCACCACGGUAUCGGAGGAGGUCGGAGUCGACACUCCUGCAGUGGUACCGGUCCAGCCGCCUCCUACUGCCCAGGAUGAGCAGAACCCUGAGCAGCCUCGGGAGAGCGUUGCGGAACUCGAAACACUACCUGAAGAUGUCCAAUUGUACUAUGGCGGGAAGCCACCGCUAGUGCGGAUACACUCAGAAUGCUACACUGGCGAAACCGCAUGGUCAGCUCGUUGUGAUUGUGGCGAGCAACUCGACGAAGCAGCUAGGCUCAUGUCCUUGCCGAACUCUACCGGGGGCGUCAUUGUCUAUCUCCGACAGGAAGGACGAGGUAUCGGCCUCGCAUCCAAACUUAAGGCCUAUAAUCUGCAGGAUCUCGGGAAUGACACAGUAGAGGCCAAUCUGCUCCUCCGACACCCUGCCGAUGCCAGAACCUAUGGUCUAGCGACUGCCAUCUUACAGGAUCUUGGCCUCGGCAGUGAUAGCGAUGCAAACAAGCCGGAAGCAGAAAGGGGUAUCAGACUCCUAACAAACAAUCCAGAUAAAAUUAGGGCAGUCGAAGGUCCAAAUAAGGAGGUGCGGGUCCGAGAACGAGUCCCAAUGAUCCCACUUGCCUGGCGGACGUCGGGUGCGAAAGGCGUCAGAGGCGCUGAGAUCGAGAAAUACCUCGAGACAAAGAUUGGCCGCAUGGGACACAUGAUCCGCGACGACUAG